AUGGACGACACCAACCCUCCUCAACCCAAGGGUGAUGACCGUCUGACCUGUUUUUCAAGCAACCUCUGGCCCCCUCAGCUGCACGAGCCGGCCGAGCAGUCGCCCACCACAUCAACAUCACAGAACGGAUCUGCCCCACAGACCUUCCACCGAUUCAACGACUUGCCACCAGAGCUGCGAAAUGCGAUCUGGGAGCUAAGUCUUCCGCACAGGGUCCACACAUUCCCUCGUCCAAGGCCAAAGUUCGACUUUCACAAUCACAUCUGGACACAGGAGCAAUCACAUGGAGCCCAAGCUGAAAAGCGACCAGCCAUUGCCCACGUGUGCAGCGAGGCUCGCGCUGUGGCCUUUGCCAGUGGCUCAGCGAAGAAAAUAGCUGGCCCCAAAAAGAGCAGCAGUUGGUUUAGGCGUGUCUGGGUUGACCGGAGGAGAGACACCGUUGUGAUCAACAUGUCCCAGCCUGCGUCUCACGUGUACAAACGCAAAAGCAUCGAUUUUCUUAGCGGGCUGCUUAGAAGCCGAGAGGUGCAUGUUGCUCUUGAUCUAUCAUGGGCCUUGUGCUUCUGCGUGGUGUAUAAGGACCAGGCUCGCGAGCUCUUUCGUGAUUUUCUCCAUGGACACAAGGAAUGUGAUUUUGUUAUUGUGGACUUGCAAUUGGACGUCACGGAUGAGGAAGCUGCCAGCACAGGUCUCUUUGGAUAUUCGAGCACCAACACUAGCGUCUUGGUCCCUAUUGAAGACACCUGUCAAAUGUCAAGACUCUUCGCCGCCCAAGCCAAGUUCAACACUGUCGAUCGGCUAAAUAAAUGGGCCAACUUCACACAAUUCCGAAAGCCGACCAACCUUAUCGACUACAUGAAGCGUUGGGAGAAGCUAGCUGGUCGGGAAAUGGGGAGUGUGCAGCAGGGUCUGGAUUUUCUGGCCGGUGUGGAAGCUAAAGAUCGUGGGGCCCCACUCGAGAUCCGAGACGUCGCAGGGGUCCUGGAGUCUGAGAGCCUUGCUAUCCCGUCACCCUCCCAGAAUGACAAGGAGGGCGCAAUCCCAGCCUCGACAACGUCCCCGAACAUGAAACGGCUGCCCGGCUCGGGCCAAGUUCCCACGAUGCUGGCCCUCUUGCUGCUGUUCAUGACGGCAGCCGCCUACUCGCCUCUUUCUGACAGCUUCCUGCGCGCUGUGCCAGCGCCAGGCGACGACUUCGACAUCCAUAACGGCGCGCUGCUUGCUCCGAUCCUGAUCCCCCGCGUCCCGGGGACGGAGGGCUCCCUCAAGGUCCAGCACCACUUCGUCGACUUCUUCCAAAAAGAGCUGCCCAAUUGGACGAUGGAAUGGCAAAACUCGACCGCGAAGACACCUGCGACGGGGUCUAAGGACGUUCCGUUCAAUAAUAUAAUAUUCAAGAGGGAGCCGCCAUGGACGAAGAUCGGGCAAGCCAACAUCCUGACGCUCGUGGCCCACUUCGACAGCAAGCUCACCCCGGAGGGCUUUAUUGGCGCAACCGACAGCGCGGCGCCAUGCGCCAUGCUCAUGCAUGUGGCGAGGAGCAUCGACAAAUACCUCACGCAGAUGUACGACGAGAUGGUGGCACUGGGCGAGCUGGGCGGAACACCAGCGAUGGACAUGGGCGUGCAAAUACUACUGCUUGACGGCGAGGAGGCCUUCGUAUCAUGGACUGAUACGGAUUCAUUAUAUGGCGCAAGGUCCCUCGCCGAUUCAUGGGAGCACCAGCCGACAAUGGCCAUGGCCAACUUCCCGAACCGCCUGAACCAGAUCAGCCUCUUCGUCCUGCUCGACCUCCUCGGGUCCGCAGACCCCAAGAUCCCGUCCUACUUCCUCCCGACGCACUGGGCCUACCGCGCGAUGGCCAAGAUCGAGCAGCGCAUGCGGGACCUGGGCCUGCUCGAGACGGCGCCGACGAGCCCCUUCAUGCCCGACUCAGAGAAACUGACGACGCAGUUCUCGCGGUCCUGGGUGGGCGACGACCACGUGCCGUUUAUGGCCAAGGGUGUGCCAAUUCUGCACCUCAUCCCGACGCCAUUCCCGCGCGUCUGGCACACGAUGCAGGACGACGGCGAGCAUCUGGACAUGCCGACGGUGCGGGACUGGGCCAAAAUUACAACAGCGUUCGCACUCGAGUGGCUUGACAUGAUGGAGGUAUGGCCUCAGGACGAGUGA